AUGGAGGUCUUAAGAACACCAGAGAGUUCGCCCCCAGAAAUAUUUUUGAAAAAAAAAUUGAUUAGAUUGAAUAAAUUUGAGUGUAUCAAUAUCCAGGAUAGUGAAGAUUUCAAUUCGAAAGUUUUACAAAGUUCUACACCUGUUAUUGUGGAUUUCCAUGCUACCUGGUGUGGACCAUGUAAAUUAUUAGGACCUCGACUAGAAACAAUUGUAUCAGAAAAGAAAGGAAAAGUAUUACUAGCUAAAGUUGAUAUUGAUGAGAUUUCAGAACUUGCUAUUGAUUAUGGGGUCAAAUCAGUGCCAACAGUUAUUAGUUUUAUUAAUGGUAAACAACAAGACACAUUUAUUGGUUUGAAAGAAGAUGAUCAGAUACAGACUUUUGUGGAUAAUUUGGUACAAUGA